AUGGACGAACUUGCAAGCCCAUGGAGCGAGCUCGUUGCGAUGCAAGGUCCCAUGUUUGGGAAUCUUGAACGCCUAUACCGCGCAUAUCGUCCUCGUUUGCCACUCCAUGAGGACACCUUCCAAAAAAUUCGAAUCUUCCUUUUGCAAAACAACAUCUCCGACGACCCGGUCAAGGUGAAGGCCAAAAAAAUGGUCCAGGAGCUUUGGGACCGCAACGAGCGGCAGUGGAUUACGGAUGCAACUUCAAGGCCUUGCGGCAUCCGGGUCAAGAAUGGGAAGCUGAACGAGGACGACGCCGACUCGUGGCACAUUGUCCAUCUUCUAUUUCGCAAGUCACACCGGGUGUCAGCCAUUCCCCACAUCUGGCGCGAUGCCUUCCGAGCCAUGACAUGGAAGAACCUUUGA